CACCGCCCACCACCCCCCCACCUCCACCCUUGCGCCUGCCGUCAAAACUAAAAAGCGACUCGCAUGGGUGCAGCGUUCACAGCCAUAAUUCAUAGCCCGCGCCGAGCACAGCGCGGCGGUUUUUGCACAGCGCGGCUGCUGCUGCUGCUGCGGCGGCGGCGGUGAGAGCGCGAGUCGACGAGCGAGUGAGUUAGUACCCGAGGUAGUAGCCGAGGGUCGGUACCGGUGGAGUGAGUGGGUGGGUGGGUGGGGGGACACGCGAGCCAGACCUGCUGGGGGAACUCCGCCAGCUCGCGUCGUGGUCGUGGCGCGACCACAAAUCACGGCUGUGCGGGGGAGCGGAGGUGGUCAAUUAACGAGCGGAGUAGCGGGGGUCGCGCUGAGGACGAUUUACACACUCCCCCCCCUCCCCCUCGCUCGCUCCACGCGCACUUCGAUUUACACACUCGGGCCGUUUUUACGCACUCGCCAGAUUUACGAGACGCGCGCGCACACUCACGCUCCCCGAGCGCGCACGCACGGGCACGCGCACGCGCGCACUUACGCACACGCAACUUACGCACGCAACUUACGCACGCAACUUACGCACGCAACUUACGCUCGCGCGAUGAGUUCGUAUUUCGUGAACUCGUUCGCUUCUGCGCGGUACCCGAGCGGGGGUCCUGACUACCCCCUAAUUCCGGGGUACGGGGACCCCGGUGACCCGGGUGACGCGGGACCCGCGGGACCCGCGGGAGAGGGGUCCUACGGAGAUGCGAGGUGCGGGUUCGACUACAGUGGCAUCGACCUGAGCUUGCGGCGACCGCACGGAACUCCGCUGUGCGGCGCGGGACUCGCCAACGGUGUUGGUGGCGGUGGUGGUGGUGGUGGAGGGGACUACCACAGCCAAUCCGGGCGACACAGGGACCGACUGGCUUGCGGUGGCAUCGGCAUCAACAACAACAACAGCAGCAGCAGCAGCGGCGUCAGCUGUACGGACAUCAGCAGCAUCAACAACAGCAGUAGCAGCAGAAGCAGCAGCAACAGCAGCUACAUCAGCAAGGCGGAGAGCUAUUCGCGGAGUCCGGUGAGCGGUGGUGGUGGCGGCGGUGGUGGUGGUGGUGGAGUUGUGGAGACUCUGCGAGAUUCUGCCCUCCCGGCAAACGGCGGCCCCGUGGUGCCUGCGGCGAGGCAGCAGCAGCUGCAGCUGGCGGGGGAGAAGCCUCCUCGUGACGGCGAGGAGGCGCCGCAGAUUUACCCGUGGAUGAAAAAGUUGCACCUCAACCACGACGGGAUAUCCGGCUCGGAAGGGAAGCGCUCGCGCACCGCCUACACGCGCUACCAGACGCUCGAGCUGGAGAAGGAGUUCCACUUCAACCGCUACCUGACGAGGCGACGCCGCAUCGAGGUGGCGAACGCGCUCUGCCUGAGCGAGCGGCAGAUCAAGAUCUGGUUCCAGAACCGGCGCAUGAAGUGGAAGAAGGACAACAAACUGAAGAGCCUGAGCAUGGCUGCCGGGCAGGGAGGCAUGUACCAGGGUUGAUGGGGAGGAGGAGGAGGAGCAGCAAGGGAGGAGGAGGAGAAGGAGGACCCGGACUAAGAACUUCGGUAGAACCCUCUGGUGUGCGCGCCGUCGACUCAUUCGCACCUUCGUUCAUUCGUUCAUCCGUCCAUUCAUUCAUCGAUUAACUUUAUUGAGAAGCAGGCGAGAGAGAGAGAGAGAGCGACUCAUGACCCAGGGCUUUAUUUUGCUCACUCGAUUAUUAUUCUUUUUUUUUCCCGAAACGCUUCUUGCUUGGCUGGCUGGGUUCGAGUCGGGAUUCUCGGUGUAAGGCACUACCACGAGAGUACAGGGUAUGGCCGGUGGAAUAUAUAAUAAUCAUAUUAUUCUACCCUAUAGUUUUUUUUUAUAAUACGAUAAAAAACAGGUUCAUCGAACUGUAGGGGGGGGUAUGCAAUGGGGGCAAUGUCAGGCGCGGUGGAUGUGGCGUGCCCAAGCCGAGCUCCUGGGACAGCAUUGCGGGACUGUGCGAGCUGCAACGAAGCGCUGCUUUGUGACAGCGUUUCCCUGAGACACCCAGCUCCAGGUGUCAUCUGGGAUAACGCGAUUUCCUGGUUUGUUGUCAACUGGAGUUUUUUUUGUUUUUUUUUGCUGGAGAGUGAAUUCGAUCCGAAGUCUGAAUUCUCUUGGGCCCACAGGCUGAAUAAUUUAUCUGGCCUGGUCUGCAUGAAUUAUCUGAGCCAAUCUCGUAUCUCGGGUCCACAGGUUGAAUUCAUUAUCUGGGCCAAUCUCGUAGCUGGGGGGGGGGGGGGCAGGCUGAAUGAAUUAUCUGGGACAAUCUCGAAUCUUGGGCCCCCAGGCUGAAUUAAUUACCUGGCCCGGUCUGAACGAAUUAUCUGGUUCAACCGGAUAUCUGGGAACCAAUGGCUGAAUUCGUCCUGGAAUAAUGGUAACUACUUUUAUUUUCGGGCCACCCAGAGUCGCCUUCAGUCGCCUCGAGUUGGCUAUCCCAUGGGAACGCGGUGUUCGUUUAUUUUGUAAGGUAGACCUGGGCUACAAUGAAGAUGUAUUAUGCAUGUAAAAAAAGCGUCGCAAAAAGAUUAUAAUAUAAAACAAUAUAUAUGAACAUGACACGAAGUGUAACAGUUUACACUUUAGCAAUAUACGACUUAGACAUGUGGGUAAGAUUUCAAGUUGCAUUGUGGCAGUGAGGCGUGGGGCAUGUGAUAAUAAUACGCAUCACUUUCACACUCUUCCAAUAAUGAGAUAGACUCUCGGCUUUGAAUCGUGAGACUUAGUGACUAAUCUACUGAGUAGGUCACUUGAGGACCAACACACAUAUAUAUAC